UAAUAACAAACAUACCUAAACGUAUUGUUGUCAAACAUGGAGAAAAAAAUAUCAUUUGGUUUUAGUAAAAUUAUAAAAAAAUCAAAUUUAUUAAUAAAUAAAAUAGAACCAAAAGAUGAUGAGAAUAAAAUUGAAUUAAUUAAAUGUGUAGAAGGUCAAGCAAUUCAACUUGUUAAAAAUAAAGAGGAAGAAGCUCCUUUAGUAAUUCCAUUAAAGGAUGGUGGAAAGACAUCUGCAGCACUAUUAAGCUUACGAACUAGACAAGCUGUCUUAAAUGGCGAAGAGGUUGUUUUAGAUAACGAAAAAGAAUCGGUUCAAGUUUUGCCGCCACAACCAAAUGGAAUCGAUGAAGAUAUAGAAAAACGAGCUGCAAGAGAACUUCUAGCUGAGGUAAGCAAAGGAGAUGAUAAUGAAGGUAUUGGACCUUCAUUAGUUCUGCCACUUAAAGCAGAAGAUAUACCAUUAGAUGGUGCUAAAGAAUCCACAAUUGACGACUAUGAGUCGAUUCCAAUUACACAAUUUGGCAAAGCGAUGCUUCGUGGAAUGGGUUGGAAAGAUAUACCCAAGAAAAAAGGAGCUCCCAUUGAAGAUGGUCCGACUUUAAGACCUAAAGGCAUGGGUCUUGGUGCUGAUAAAGCAUUGAAGCCUAAAGCUUUGUUAAUUCCUCCAGAAGCCAAUGAAGUACUUGAGAUCAAAAAAGGCGCUUGUGUUCGUGUCCUUGGGGGGAAGAACAAGGACUUGUAUGGUCAAGUAGAAGGGUUAGAUGACCAUGCCGGUCGAGUUAUAAUUAAAAUGGCAUUGGGAGGAGCCAAAGAAUCGUUUAACGAAUUUAUGGUACAACCAGUAUCUAAAAAGGAAUAUUCUCAAUACUCCAAAUGCAUAAACUCAACCAAGUACGAUGAAUACAAACGAAUGGAAAACGAACAUGGUCAAAUUGUACAUAAAAAAGAAAGCAUAAAAAAAGAAGAUACACAAUCAGAUGAACGUCACUAUUCGAAUGCCAAGAGCAAUGAAAGAAUCGAUAAUCGAUCGCAAGAAAAUGAAGGUAGAAAACGUCGAACUUCUAGAGAACGAAUAUCUGAGCGUCGUUCUAGAUCUCGCGACAGACAUCAUGAUGAAGAAUAUUCAAGAAGUAGUACAAGUCAUAAAAAAUAUAACAACCGCCGAACACCUAGCAGACAUAGAAGCCAAUCUAAUGAUUCACAAAGUUCCAGUGAAUCUUCUUCCCAUCGUCGAAAUAAACAUAAGAAAAAAUCUUCAAAGUCAAAGAAAUCCAAAAGUAGUAAGGACAAGAGACGCGAAAGACGAUAUUCAACAGACGGAUCAUCGGUGGACGAACGAAGACAUAAGAAAAAGACAAAAAAGAGUAAACGUGAACGAUCUCGUUCAAGGUCGAAAGGUAGAAGAUAAUUUAUUAUUAAGAACUUGUUACUUAGUGCGAGAUUAAAAUUGAG